ACGACGCUCGACAGGCGGCGGGGGCGGCCCUGCCCUCCUGCCGAAACCUGUUAUCGUCGCCCAGGAGCGGCCGCGCCGGGGCAAAAAUGCUGUCGCCCGGCGGGGGCCUGCUCUGGCUUGGCCUGGUCCUGGGUUCCGUCUGCGCCUCCGUCGGAUCCGCGGCGCCGGGCGACUCGGCCCCAGAUGCUCUGAAUGUCCUUCUAAUCAUCGUGGAUGACCUACGACCCUCCCUGGGGUGUUACGGGGACAAGCUCAUAAGGUCCCCAAACAUGGACCAGCUGGCCUCCCACAGCCUCCUCUUCCAGAAUGCCUUUGCCCAGCAGGCCGUGUGCGCCCCGAGCCGCGUGUCCUUGCUCACCGGGAGGAGACCAGACACUACCCGCCUGUACGACUUCAACUCCUACUGGAGGGCCCACUCUGGCAACUUCUCCACCAUCCCCCAGUACUUCAAGGAGAAUGGCUACGUGACCAUGUCGGUUGGAAAAGUCUUUCAUCCUGGAGUAUCUUCCAAUCAUAGUGAUGAUUCUCCAUAUAGCUGGUCUAUCCCACCUUAUCAUCCCUCCUCUGAAAAGUAUGAAAACACCAAGACCUGUAGGGGACCAGACGGAGAACUCCAUGCCAACCUGCUGUGCCCUGUGGUUGUGGCAGAUGUGCCCGAGGGCACCCUGCCUGACAAGCAGAGCACCGAGCAAGCCAUACGGUUGUUGGGAAAGAUGAAAACAUCUGCCAGUCCUUUCUUCCUGGCUGUGGGCUAUCAUAAGCCGCACAUCCCCUUCAGAUACCCCAAGGAAUUUCAGAAGCUGUAUCCCUUGGAGAACAUCACCCUGGCUCCUGAUCCCCAGGUCCCUGCCGGCCUCCCUCCUGUGGCCUACAACCCCUGGAUGGAUAUCAGGUGGCGGGAGGAUGUCCAAGCCUUAAACCUCAGCGUGCCCUAUGGCCCGAUUCCCGCCGACUUUCAGCGGAAAAUCCGCCAGAGCUACUUCGCCUGUGUCUCGUAUGUGGAUACGCAGGUUGGCCAGCUGUUGAGCGCUCUGGACGAGCUUCAGCUGGCGGGCCGCACGAUCGUGGUGCUCACCUCGGACCACGGGUGGGCUCUAGGCGAACACGGAGAAUGGGCCAAAUACAGCAAUUUUGACGUCACUACUCGCGUGCCCCUGGUGGUCUAUGUUCCGGGAAGGACGGCUCCGCUUCCGGCGGCAGGCGACAAGCUUUUCCCAUACCUCGACCCUUUUGAUUCCAUCUCAGAAUCAGUGGAGCCAGGCCGGCAAGCCGGGGACCUCGUGGAACUGCUCUCUCUCUUCCCCACGCUCGCGGGCCUCGCAGGGCUGCGCGUCCCUCCUCGCUGCCCCAUCCCCUCGUUUCACGUGGAGCUGUGCCGAGAAGGCCGGAACCUUCUGAAGCAUUUUCAGCUCCGUGACCCGGAAGAAGAUCCACGCGUCCGUGGUGAUCCCCGUGAGUUGGUGGCCUAUAGCCAGUACCCCCGGCCUGCAGACUCUCCUCAGUGGAAUUCUGACAAGCCGAGUUUAAAAGACAUAAAGGUCAUGGGCUAUUCCAUACGCACAGUAGACUACAGGUAUACUGUAUGGGUUGGCUUCAAUCCCCGGGAAUUUCUGGCUAACUUCUCAGACGUCCACGCAGGAGAACUGUAUUUUGUAGCUUCUGACCCUUGGCAGGAUCACAAUAUGUAUAAUGACUCCCAAGGUGGAGCCCUUGCCCGAUCAUCGACGCCUUGAGUUUUGCCAACCGCAGAGGGCAUAUAUCACGCUCUCCUGUCCAGCUGGUGAGAGAAGGAAUUACACUGGUUAUUUCGUGAUUACCCGUAAUAUUGGAAGCAACCCCAGGGGUAGGCAGUCAAAACAUGCAUCAACAAUUUGGCCUAAGGAUACGUAACAGCUGAAGCUUUGGAUUUGUCUUUAUAACUGGCAAUUAGAGUGGGCUGAACCUCCUCUUUCCUUUUUUUUCGAACAGUCAUAGCUUAUUUGUUGAAUGAAUAAGUACAGAGUUGAGCAAACUAAAAUUGUCUUAACUUUAGCUAUCAAGACCAUAAUAACUGAACGUAACACUGUACUCAAGAAAUACUUUAGGUAUUUGUGAAAUUUCGUGCAUUUCAAAAAGUAGCCACAUGUCAAAUUAGGUUUGACACAAAGUUCCUAGUUCUUUUGUUUAUAAUUUAAUAAUAUAUCUUAUUUAGCCUAAUAUAUUCAAAAUAUUAUAUCAACAUGUAAUCUAGGUUUCUUUUUAAAAUGUAAAGUUAAAUAAUAAUGCUAGAUGCCAGUGCCUUAAAGUCUAACUUCAUUCAGUUUUUCUAAGAUCGCGAAUUUUCAAAUCCAAAAAUAAAAUAUGCAUGAAGUGAUUAAUAUGGAAUUUCUACAUCAAAUAAUAAAUAAUGCUCACUAAACUAGAGGCAUGAGAUGUAUGAGAAAUUCAGUUAAAAUUUCUCAGAGACUUUUCUGGCCAAAAUAAUAAUUUGUUAGCAAGUAAUAUGACCUUUGAACCCAAAGGCAUCUAUUAAAAGGCAUCUUUAUUCACAGUGGAAGAUAGUUACGGGCAUAACUGUACCCAUGGAUUGAGUCACUCAAAACCAUUAGUGUUCCCCUUCUCUAGAGGUGGUUGGGUGCAAACAUCCAUUUAUCCAGGACACAGGAAAUAUAGUCGACUUUGUAAGUGCUGAUUAAAGACAACAUUAAUUUUAUUAAAUUCUAAAUUAUUUUGAGAACAGUGAAAACUUUUCAUUAAUAUAAUAUUAGGUGAUUGCUAAUCCCCCAGAAUGUGGUUCUACGUUCCCUAAAUAUGAAAGUAACCAGAAAGGCAGGUGGUAGUAAUAAGCUUAGCCUGCGUCAUCUUAAAAAUGAUGGAAUAUUCACGGGUCAUAUUCCCAACACGUUGAAGUUGAUGAAUUAUCAGUAGUCACCAGAAGAGCCAAGCACUCUCUAGAUAAACAUCUAAUGUAGUCCUGUAUCAAAGUAACUUUUAGUAAUUCUUUGUUUACAAGUGCUGCUUUGGUAUUUAAAUAUUUGUGAAACAAAGUAUUGCAAAUUAAGUUACUGCACUGUGUUAAAUUGUAAACCAGAAGGCAAGAUAUUAUAAGAUUACUGCAAAUCAGUAAAAUUUCAAAUACAGUUUUGUUUUUAUUUUGUUUUUUUUUUUUUACUAAUUAGCCUACAGUGGAGGCAUAUAUGGUAACACAGCAAUCUUCUAAGCGAUUAAGUGACUUAGUGUUCUGGCAACGAUUUCUGCUUGAGGAGUGGAGGGCCCUCUUCCUCUCUCCUGAUCCUAAAGCUUGAGUCUCUUCUGGGAAGCCUCAGCUUUGUAGAUGGUUUCCUUCAGCCUUUUCUUUCUCCUUCUUCAUCCUAUCCUCUUUAUCACUCACAUCACUUCCACUAAGAAUUUUACAAUCUGGGCAAAUUCCUCAUGAUGUAUUUUCAGCGUAUUUAGCUUCAUCUCCUACUGCACGGCCACAACGAGAAGUUUGCACCCACGCUUUUGUUUUGUAUUCCUGGUUGACUAUUAUAUGUACACUUCAUCAUUUUUUUCUCUCUUCAUUUCUUGAAGCACAGUUUUAGUAUCAAAAAUCUCCAAAUUCUACUCUUGCUGAAGGCGUAAUUUGAACCGUGCCAAAGAGAGCAAAGUGACAUGCAAUCUGGCCAUCACUCACCCACGUGACCGAAGCCACAGCCUGGGCUGGGUCUGCUUUGGGGUGUUUCGCGUGUAGAUCUGGCUCUGCUGGAAGUGCUUCUGUGUCCUCUUUUCUCCGCGAGGGCGUAGCCUCAGAAUGCUGCCUCUCCCCUUAGGUUUUAGUGUUUCUUGGCCUCCCUUUAUGGAUCUCUCCUUUUAGAAGCGCAGCUGCAUUUCACGUUCAGAGGCGCGCUCUUCCAAAUCAUCUCACGGGCGACGGUCGCUUGUUGUGUUUUUGACACUGACCCCAAUUUAGAGCCAUUUGUGCAU